CUAAUCUCUAACUUAUGUGCUAUAAUUCAGGUAUAUACCAAUCAUACCAUCCAUUCUUGUCAAUGGUAGUGAAGGAAUUGGAACUGGGUGGAGUUCUUAUAUACCUAAUUUUAACCCAAGAGAGAUUGUUGCUAAUGUUAGACGCUUAUUGAAUGGUGAAGAAGUGGUGCCUAUGCAUCCUUGGUACAGAGGCUUUAAAGGAACAAUUGAAAAAUCUGCAACCAAGGAGGGUGGAGUUACGUACACUGUUACUGGAAUCAUAGAAGAGGUAGAUGAAACAACACUUCGCAUCAGAGAGCUACCAAUUCGAAGGUGGACCGAUGACUUUAGGGAAUAUUUACGUUCCCUUAAAACAGAUAGUGGACCAUUCAUACAGAAUAUCAAGGAGUACAGUGAUGAUACAACUGUGGAUUUUGAGCUUAUCAUGUCAGAGGGGAACAUGAUGGCUGCCAAGCAAGAGGGUUUGCUGAAGAAAUUUAAGCUCACUACAACAAUUAGUACGAGUAACAUGCACCUUUUUGAUCCAAAGGGCGUAAUUAAGAAAUAUGACACCCCAGAGCAAAUUCUAGAAGAUUUCUUUCACCUUAGGCUUGAAUUUUAUGAGAAAAGAAAGAAAGUUCUUCUUGAAAAUCUUGAGAUGGAGUUGUUGAAAUUGGAAAACAAAGUUAGAUUUAUACUUGCAGUUGUGAGUGGAGACAUCAUUGUGAGCAAUAGAAAGAAAGCUGAUUUGUUUCUGGAGUUGGAAAGAAAAGGUUUCACUCCUUAUCCAAAAAGAUGCAAGUCGGUUGAAGCAGUAGUUGCUGGGGCAAGCCGUGAUACUGAAGAAGCUGAAGAGAAUGAGGAGCCAGCCGGCUAUAGUGUUGUACCUGAUACAGAUUAUGAUUAUUUGCUGUCGUUGGCAAUUGGAACCUUGACUCUUGAGAAAGUGCAGGAGUUAUGUGCUUGCAGGGACAAAAUGAAUGAGGAAGUAGAGGAGUUGCGAAGGGCAACCCCAAAGACUUUGUGGGUUAAAGAUUUGGAUGCUCUUGAGAAGGAACUUGAUAAUCUGGACAAAGGUGAUGCUCAAGCAGAGGAGGCUAGAAAGGAAAUGCAGAAUAAACUAAGAAAUGGAUCUGGUAAGAAGAUUCGUAAACAAGCAGCCGCGAAAAAGCCAAGGAAGGAUAACAAAAAAAUCAAUGAUGUUGAAAUAGCAGAGAAUGUUGGAAUAGCUGGUACUGCAAUGAAAACAGAUAAAGUUCCCGAGGUCGUUAAACCAAGAGGUAGAGCAGGCUCUAAGAAGCCGCCCCCUGCUCCAGAGAAGGAGGAGGGUGAGGAAGAAGAGAUGCUUGAUUUAGCUCAACGGCUUGCUCGAUACAAUUUUAGCUCCUCCUCCUCUUCAGACCGUUCUAUUUCUAUAGAACCUGAAGUAACCCAACAAACAGAAGAUGACAUUGAGGUAGCUGCCCCUGCAGCAGCAGGAAAGAAGGGAGGUAGGAAACCAGCUGCAAAUAAAUCCAAGGCAGCUGCUGCUAAGCCCCCGGCACCAGCAAGGAAGAGAGGCCCAGCCACCAAGAAGUCUCAGGGAUUAGGUCAAAAGCUUGUAACAGAAAUGUUGAAGCCUGCAGAAAACCCAGGGGUUUCUCCAGAGAAGAAAAUGAGGAAGAUGAGAGCAUCUCCAUUCAAUAAGAAAAGUGGUUCUGUUUUAAGCGAAGUUAGUUCAGAGCAGGAGACAAGUGAAAGUGGAGAAUUGCAGGGUUCUGCUUCUUCCCUAAACUCUGAAGCUUCUGAAAUGGUGAUCCCUGCAAGACCAAGACCACAAAGAGGAAACCGUACAAGGGUAAAAUAUGUGGUGAGCGACUCUGAGAGUGAAAAGGCCAGUGAUGAUUCUGAUUUUGAUGUUAUUGACGUUGAUGAAGAUGAUUAGUUACAUAUACAUAUGUAUAUACAUUUUCUUCUAGAGGAACUGGAACUUGGAAUUUGAAUGGGAAAAUUGAAAGCUUGUUUUCUCCUUCA